GAUGCUAAAAGAGCGCUCGUGCGGCUGAACUUCCCCAUUUCACCUCUCUUCACUUCUGUUUUUUUUUUUUUUUUUUUUAGUGGAAUUUAUGGAACUCGGCUACACUGACAUAGACUAAAACAACAGGUAAAUUAAAAGAAGAAGAAAAGAGGUGAGAACUCAUUAACGUUACAGCGUAGCGCCCGCCAGCUUCCACAGGUGAAGAGAAGCGCAGCGCUCCGUACAGCGCUGCAAAGGGCCGCCCCGCCCCGCCCCGCCCCACUCACGGCCAGAGGCCAGAAGAGCCAGAUAAGCAUCUGGUAAAAGAAGAUGAUAAAAAGACCGUUAUAUGCAUCGAGGGGAAUAUUGCAAGCGGAAAAACAACGUGCCUGGAUUAUUUUGCACAGACUACCAGCAUCGAGGUCUUGACAGAACCAGUGAGUAAAUGGAGGAACGUUCGUGGCCAUAAUAUCCUGGGCUUAAUGUACCAGGAUGCUUCGAGAUGGGGGAUAACCUUACAGACUUACAUACAGCUUACAAUGUUGGAGCAGCAUACCAAACCAAUGAUUUCCCCAGUAAGAAUGAUGGAGAGAUCAAUUCACAGUGCAAAAUACAUUUUUGUAGAAAAUUUGUAUAGAAGUGGGAAGAUGCCAGAGGUGGAUUAUGUUGUCCUGUCUGAAUGGUUUGAGUGGAUCCAGAAAAACACCGAUGUUUCAGUUGAUUUGAUCGUUUACCUGCAGACAUCCCCUGAAGUUUGUUAUGAGAGAUUAAAGAGAAGAUGUAGAGAAGAAGAGAAAAUCAUUCCUCUGGAAUAUUUACAAGCUAUUCAUCAGCUCUAUGAAGAGUGGCUCAUUAAACAUACGCUAUUUAAAGUUUCCUGCCCAGUGCUUGUUAUUGGAGCUGACCACGACAUGCAGAAAAUGAUAGAAAAGUAUGAAGAAAACCGGGACCAAAUCCUGAACCCUUUUAAUAUGCAGCAGCAUUUGUAGAAGUCUGUUAGGUUGUGCUUUAUUUUUUUUUAAAUUCAUGAAGUCUGAGACAGGGACAAUUUUGAGUAUUUGUACUACUUUUGAAUUUAAUGGUUUCUGCUUUGGAACUACGCCCCGUAGGAUGUUGUGAAUUUCUCACUACAACAUGUUCAGGAACAAGUCAGAAACAGAAUGUGACCCAAUUCCAUUCCAGGUUUUUAGGUUCUCCAUCCACUUUACUGCGUCAGUUCUGUUUUGUUAAAAUGUGUCUUCCUCUCAUUCCCAUUUCACUCCUGUUUCUUAUGCAGUAACCUUUUUCUUUUCCCCCAUGACAAUUCUGUUUCUGUCAUGUAAAGGAAUAGUUCCAUGCAAGAGGUGGGAUGUCCUGUUCUGCAUCGCAUUCAAUAGCUUUGUUAAACAGCUCUGGUUAUGUCAGAAUAGAGUGUGUAGGGGUUCUAUCUGUAAUCCUGCCCACACUGGUGCAUUUCAUUGAACCCAGUUUGUACUGCUUUACAUGACAUCACAACAUAGCCGUAGUUCUGAAGGUAACUAUGCAUAGUCCCAUGGAAUUCAGUGGUGAACAAAUAGUUAAAUAGUCUUUGUAACUGAUUGCACGGUGGUUCUGAGGGUUUUUCUAGGCCAGGUUUUUAAAGGGGCUUAUUUCUCUAGUUUUCAUGAAUUGCCUUCUCAUAGCUGAGUUGAGCACUAGUGAAAAUACAGUGGGCUUGGAACCCUGCAUUUCCUUUCAAAUGGUGAUAUAAAUACUAAAAAUAAUUGAUUUCUUAGCUGCUCUGUAUUCUUAAAUAUUUGGGUUGGUCUUUUUUAUUAUUUAUUAUAAAGAAAUAUAUGAAUGGUUCUUUGAGUAUACACCUUGAUCACUUUAUCAUGGCUUGGGAAAUAGAUAAAUGUAAUGGGUGUUCAAUUCUUGUGGUUAUUUGCUUAAGUGUUGACGUGCUCUUUACUUCUGCUUUACCCUCUUGAAUGUUGGCUUCCAUUGCUUACUGCCUAAACACCUGUAACUUAUCGACCAUAAUUUUCAGUUACUUGGCUUUUUCAUGUGUUACUUGACUGUGAACACUUCACUUCUUUUAUUUUGUGGUUUUAUAGUAGCUGUAUAUAGCUGAAGAUGGCUGUAGCUGAAAUGACUGCAGCUUUUUCCAAGUCAGGAGAUGCAGUUCAUUUCUUCUAGUGGGAUUUUUAUUUAUUUAUUUUUUUAAAUCAGUGCAGCUUAGGAAUGAUUAGUGCAUGGAGCAUUUCCAAGUGAGUACUGCAUCAGUAUGCUGAAGCUUGUGAACCCAGUUCUGUUUUGUUUUAAAGCUUUAGAAUUCUAGCUUAAAAGUAAGGUUUUAUGUAUUAAAUAAUUAUCUUAUAGAAGCUUAUUUCUAUGGGAAUAGUGGUCAUUCUGGAGACAUUCUGAUAUUUCAGAAUUCUUUUUGUCUCUUAGAGAAGAAAAAAGCUCUCUAGAAAUAACUGUAAGUUUCAGCCAUCUGCAGAUUGUUGUUAAUUGCAAUCUGAUUAUGAGUUGUAGAAGCCAAUGGUAUGCAUUCUGCAUGCUAGCCUGGCAGUCCAGAGAAGAGCCACUUAAUUCUUUUGUACAGAAGAUGCAAGAAAUGCAACAAAAAUGACAGUGGUGAGUCAGUUAGCCCUUGUGGCACUGUUUUCCCUUACCUUAGGAGCCUGGAACGGCAUGUAAACCAUUUCAGAAGAAGUGAUUCUUUGCCAUUUACGUUCUUUCAGGUUUUUCUGGUUCCCUGAGCCAUAGGUUUCUCUUCGAGUUUAAUGGCCCACGAUGGAAUUUUCUUCUGAAAAUUUGUCACUGUAUGAGCAUUUAGAUGUAAUAUCCUGUCACAGCAAGUUCCACGUCUAACCUGCAAGCUAUGUGAGAACUGAUUAUCUCUUUUUUGUAUUGCGUACCUAGUCUGGAUGGAUAUCUUCUCCAGACUUUACUAUUUACUUUAUUCUGGUUGAGGUGUCCUAGCUCUCAGUUACAUCUGGGAGCAGCACAUAAACUGAUGUGAAGAGACAGAGAGACUGGCAAAAAUUAAAAUGUUAAACAUUUGCAUUUUCUUCAUCUGGCCUUCUGUGUGCUCUCUUUUGGCAUGGGAAGGAUGUUUGUAUCUUACUUAUUUGAUUAAACAUUUCGGAGGUGAAUGUCCGAAACUGUAGGUCCUAAGAAGCCUUGAUAAUAAUCAUGUUCACUGGUGUAAUUAGCAUGCAGAACUACUGCCAACACCAGGAACUAAUCCAACAUCUCUUUUUCAGUGCUCAUCCUCCUGCAGAGUCUGGGUAUUCUGCCAUCGGUUGCAAUUAAAAUGUUCAGACUUGAAGCUCUCCGUGCUCUUGCAAAUAAUGGCUCUCGCAGCAAGUUACUGUCCUGUGUGAGGACUUGGAGUAUCUAGUCCUUCCUGUAGAGUAUGGAGGUUGAAGUAAUUACUGGGCAUUUCUAAAGCAGGUUCAAGUCAGGUGAGGAUCAUGGAUUUUUUUACUUUUUCUUUUUUCCAGCAUUUGGUAAAUGGCAGCAUUUGAGGGGGCUAACAGUUGCAAGUUUUCAAAGUUUAGUCUCAGAACAAAAACUAGUAGUUCUAAUAUGAAUUCCUACCUAAGAGAAAUGUAAUCUUCUGUCUUGUCCAGAUACUCUUUAUCUGGUUUUUGUUGUUUGUUUGUUUUGUAAGAGAAAGUGGCUUGUCCUAAAAUAACAUAAAAAAAUUACUAUAAGGGUUAACUGUUGUGUAAACAUACUCCUGUAAGAGUGAUCUCUCUGAACACAUACAGACGGUCAGGCAAGAGUGACACAGUAGAGGAGCUCUGGUUUUUACUUGUGUACUGUGCUACUUGAUUUUAUUUAUUCUUAUGUCAGGGGGCUUUGAGGUGAUCCUCCUGUCUGAUAAGCGAUUCACUUCUCCCUCACAUCUCCCCACGAUAAAUACUAAGCUGUUAAGACUUCUGUAAUUAGGCUGCUGUGCACGUGCUGCUGUAUUCUGUUCCAUUCCUGUCCUUACUGUAGGGAGUUGUAUUGUUUAAUGCUGUGAAAAGGAAACCUUUAGGAUUUAUCAGCUGUCUCACUUAAGAGAACAGUGCCCGUUAACUUUCACUGGAUGGAGCCUUUAGUGGUGACAGUGGAUUACUGGUUAUAACUCUCCCAGUGUUCAGAUACAAGUAAAGUUAAAUAAAUAAAUUUGAUGUUUUAGAAA